GAAACGAAUCGAAUUGCACAACAGCCAGUCGAACCAGUUUUACCAGUUGAACCAGCACCACCGUCAUUUGGUAGUGAAUUUGGCAAAGUUUUUAACAAGAAGAUUAAAAAAGGACCCAUCGCUAUCAAAGACUGUGCACCUGAUGGUAAAUGUAUAACACUUGAAAAUAGUUCAGGUGAUAAAGAUGUUGACGUGUCAAAUUGGACAUUAAAACGACGUGUCGAAGGCUUUGCGGAACUUUCCUAUACGAUUCCGUAUGGCUUAGUCAUGAAACAUGGAAGUGAAUUGAAAAUUUAUGCUCGAAGUGCUCACAAUGCACAUCAUCGACCACCAUCUCAAGUUGUUAAUGAUAAACUUGACUCGUGGGGUAUGGGUACUGAAUGUGAAACGAAAUUAUUUAACGAACAAGGAGAAGAAAAAGCUUCACAUUCACAAAAGAUUGUCUUCGGUCCGGAAUCAUCGCGUAACACACAUUACGACCCCGAUUGGCCUCAGUGUAAGUGA